AUGUCGUACAUGCACACAUGUCCAUGGGUACCCCUGGCCCCUACUUACACGGGGAAGAGAAAGGAUGCUCAGAAAAAGACUAGAAUCGCAAGCGCGCUCCCAGGGCUGUGCUUUGUGGGUUGGGGCCUGACUCUCGCCAGGUGGGAGAGCUCCUGGGGGCUCUAUUCCUGCUGCCCCGGCAUCAGCAGCCAUGGGGCUCAAGGAAACCAUGGGCUGGGGAGGAUCAUGUGUCCCUCUAUGCUUCUUACAUCCUUUUGCAAAGGAGAGGAAAGGCCCUCUUCAGGAUGGACCGUCCCCAUUGCCCGACUCGCCCCCAGCCCGACUCACCGCCAGGGGGAGGAGGGCCAUGAUCCAAAGGAACCAGAGCAGUUGAGAAAACUGUUUAUUGGUGGUCUGAGCUUUGAAACUACAGAUGAUAGUUUAAGAGAACAUUUUGAGAAAUGGGGNNNNAUUGAAACCAUAGAAGUUAUGGAAGACAGGCAGAGUGGAAAAAAGAGAGGAUUUGCUUUUGUAACUUUUAAUGAUCAUGAUACAGCUGAUAAAAUUGUUGUUCAGAAAUACCACACUAUUAAUGGGCAUAAUUGUGAUGUGAAAAAGGCCCUUUCUAAACAAGAGAUGCAGUCUGCUGGAUCACAGAGGGGUCGUGGAGGUGGAUCUGGCAAUUUUAUGGGUCAUGGAGGAAACUUUGGAAGUGGUGGAGGUAAUUUUGGCUGUGGUGGAAACUUUGGUGGAAGAGGAGGCUAUGGUGGUGGAGGUGGGGGCAGGAGAUGUAGUUAUGGAGGAGGUGGUGGAUAUAAUGGAUUUGGAGGUAAUGGUGGUAACUAUGGCGGUGGUCCUGUUUAUAGUAGUAGAGGGGCCUAUGGUGGUGGUGGACCAGAAUAUGGAAACCAAGGUGGUGGAGGAUAUGAUGGUUACCACAAAGGAGGAAAUGUUGGCGGUGGGAACUAUGGUGGUGGUGGGAACUAUAAUGAUUUUGGAAAUUAUAGUGGACAACAGCAAUCAAAUCAUGGACCCAUGAACGGGGGUAGUUUUGGUAGAAGAAGCUCAGGCAGUCCCUAUGGUGGUGGUUAUGGAUCUGGUGGUGGAAAUGGUGGAUAUGGUAGCAGGAGGUUCUUAAAACAGCAGAAAAGGGCUACAACUCUUAGAAGGAGAGAGAGCAAGGAGUUGUCAGGAAAGCUGCAGGUUACUUUGAGACAGUUGCUCCAAAUGCAUUAGAGGAAUUGUAGAAAUCUGCCACAGAAGAAACAAUGAUCCAUAGUCAGAAAAGUUACUGCAGCUUAAACAGGAAACCCUUCUUGUUCAGGACUGUCAUAGCCA